AUGUCUAAUGAAAAUAACUUAGAUUUGCAUUAUGUUCAUCAAAGUUUUCAAAGGAGUCUUAAAGAAGAAGACGAUGUAAUAAUAGAGGCAUAUAUAGAUGGAUACAAUGAGCUAGUAAAGUUCUUAAACCUGAUCGGGUCAGUGUUCUCUUUCGUGAGUAGUGAUGUGAAGAGUAAGAUUAAAGUAAUGGAGAAGCAUAGGGAGGGUGAUGAUGCCAUUUACUAUGAAUCCUUUAAGAAGAUGAUGAAGUACGAAAAAGAAACCACUUUACACGAAAAGAAUGGAUUUGUUUCAGGAUCUAGAACUAUGCUACGAUUGCAUAGGGGCUUAGACUUCAUAAGAUUGUUUCUGAAGCGCCUAAGUGAGUCUGAUGAUGCAGUAAAUACAUGUACAACAUGCCAGUGCUCUUAUAAUGAAACUCUGGCAGAAUACCAUCCUUGGUACAUUAGAAAGGCAGCAACAUUAGCCAUGCAUGCAUUACCAUCUAGACCGGAUUUGCUGAAAAAGAUCUUCGGCUCCGAGGAGAGUCUGAAGGACGCGAUGGCAGUGCUCCCGCAGACGCUGCGGUCCUGCGACGAAGUCUACCAGCGCGUGCAACAGCUGUACACGGAGUUCGACUUCCACGGGCUGCCG